AUGACCACGACUGGCGGCAAAGCAGAUCAUCACAUUGCCUGGAUAACGGGACUACGCGGUGUCGCCUCCUGUCUUGCCAUAUCAACGCACCUCGCCAGAGCCUUCGACCCCGACCUCUUCCACCCUGCCUCCCGCGAUGGCGCGCCUGCGCGACUCCUGCAGCAGCCCUUCCUACGAGUCCUCGUCCAGGGUCGCCUCGGCGUCCUCAUCUUCUUCUUCAUCACCGGCUACGUCUGCUCGAUGCAGCCAACUAGACUCCACCGGGAGCCCGAGCUGGCCUUGUCGUUGAUGGCGAGGUCGGCCCUGCGCCGGACGCCGAGGCUUGUGUUUCCAGUCACCAUCAUCACGUGCGUCGUAUGGAUCAUGACGCAGCUGGGCAUGUUCCUCGUGGCACAGAAAAGCGACAGUCCGUUUAUCGUCCGCACGUCGCCUGACCGAAUGCUCUCCCUCUGCGCCGCCCUCAGGUCCUUGGUCGACAACACCGUCGCCUCGUGGACAACCGGCGACAAUGUCUACGAUAGGCACCAGUGGACACUGCUGCCGCUCCUCGCUGGCAGCAUGAGGGUCUACAUGUUUCUGCUUGCAACCUCCAAGAUCCACCCGCACUACCGCAUGCUGGCAUCUGUACUCAUCUUCUCCUAUUACUAUAUUUGUGCAGAUGUCAACGGCACCCAGCUGAUCUGGGGAGUCUUCCUUUGCCAAGUCCGGUACCAUCCGCCCGCGGCACGGCUCCUCGCCCACCGGCCGUCACUGUUCAAGUGUCUGUCCGUUGUCCUGAUGCUCGCUGGCUUCUUUGCCGCUUCGUUCCCCGAGAAGCAGUGGCACCGGAAGCCUUGGUCGAAGUACCAACACGCCAUUCUCGUCACUGUGCUCCCCAAGAAAGCGCACCUGCCAUACUUCAGCUCCGCCAUUGGUCUUGAGCUCAUCACCCUCUCCAUCUUUUUCAACGACGUGUUCCAGACACUUCUCUGCAACCAAUACCUUGUCUGGCUCGGAAACCAGUCCUUUGCCGUCUACCUCAUCCACGGGCCACUGAUGAGGAGCCUUCUCUGUUGGAUGGUGUACGGGGUUCGCCUGCCCGGCCAAGUCGACAGUCAGGCUGACGAGACUGGCGAGAGCGCCAAGGCCGUGUUGCACUACCCCGGCCAUUUGCGCACUGCACUGGCGCUGCUCAUCUGGAUGCCUGCCAACUUUGGACUUGCUGCCCUUUGGACGAGGCACGUGGAUCCCUGGUGCGCAAGAGCCGCGGAAACCCUCAUCAGUCGUUGUCGCCCUGGACCUCCCUGCAUCGACGACAACGCUUGA